CGUCGCGCUCAUCCUCUGAUUCCUCAGGAUACCGAAACGCCUUUCGCAGUCGAACUACAACCAUUUCGAGAGGAGCGCAAAACUCCGAAAAGAAAGACACAAAUAGAAGUUGUAUCCUCGAGCCGAUGCGGUGACGUCGAAAGCCCAACCAAACCGGCUGUUUGUCUUGUUUGGCACUCUUUUCUUCCGCAUCCCCUCUCAGCAUCUCAAUCCCCAAUUCAUCCCCAACCCCCAAACACAACCACCAUGGUCUUCCUGCGAGCUUUCACCCGGCGCGCCGGGCUCCCCGGCCUACCACGAGUCAACCUCGCUAGCCGACGCACACUCAUUGCCGCCCCCGGGCCCAACGCGGGUCCACUUCUCGAACGACGCGCCGACCGCGAGCUCCCCGACCCCAAACCCGGACGCCGGUGGUUGAUGACCCUGCCGAUCUUCGUCGUCGCAGUCGGAGCGGGCAUGCUGGGUAUCUUCAACUACCAGAAAUCGUCGUCGAGCGUGGUGCACAGCACGCUGUAUGCGCUGCGGACGUCGCCGCGGGCUCGCGAGAUCUUGGGCGAUGAGAUCUACUUUGCGCAGCAGAUUCCGUGGAUCAGUGGCGAGAUGAACCAAUUGCAUGGUCGCAUUAAUAUUUCCUUCUGGGUUAAGGGCACUAAGACCGAGGGAAAGAUGAGAUUCCGUAGCAUUCGGCCGGAUCGUAUGAGCUAUUUCCGUACUGAGGAAUGGAGUCUGGAGACUGAGGAUGGAACGGUGGUUCAAUUGCUCGACAGUGACAGCGAUCCGUUCCGGAAGAACUGA